AUGGACUAUGCAAAGUUGGAGAGCUUGGCUCCUUCCAUUCAAUGUAUAUCUCAUAGGGAAGAGCACAACCCUUUAUCCAUGUGGCAGGAAUUUACUGAUAGUCUGCAACAACUACUGGCGUCAGUAACGCAGGUAAAAGUUGUUACCAAACCGGAAAUCUCCUAUUCGAAGCCGUACAAAGAAAUGGAUAUUUCUGAGGGACCUCGCUUGGAGGAAUUACAAACGACUUCCGAAUGCCUGCACCUGGAACAAUUACCGACUGCUGCGAAAACCACUGCACCAAGUUAG